GCGUGUGGGGAGCGAGGGGCGGAGCUGGGAAGCCUCUGAGCUACAGCAAGCCGCCCAAUGCAGUAGAAGCUCGCCGAGCGAACGGAAGCCCGUCCAGCACAAUGCAGCACUGAGGCAGCGGAGGCGGCAUUGGCGAGGAGGAGGACGCGCGCCUCUCUCGCUCGCCAGGAGAAGGAGACCCCGGGAGCGGGGGGCGCCUUUCCUCUCCCCCUCCAUGCCAGCCGCCGUGUGACCCGCGCUUAUUGCGGGCAGGAGGGGGGAAGGAGGAGGAGGAGGAAGGACGCGCCUCCCUCCUUCCCACCCGACCGAGACCCAGCCAUGCAGCCAGCGACUUCUCUGCUCUCCUUGACGCUUUGUGCCUUCGGGAUGCUCUCCGGAGCCGGCUCCAGCCGCGCAGGAGACGCCUUGUUGACAGAGAUGGAGCGAAGGGACGGGGAUCGCUUUAUGGAGAGGCAAAAUAUCGUCCCUUUCCGGCUGAUCUAUAGCACGGACGGUGGCAACGAAACUCAACACGACGUGCUCAACACCCGCAUCGGCGGCGGCGGCGGCAGCUUCGGUGGGAAGCAGUCCACUCAUAUUGCCCGAGCCAGCUUCCAAGUUGAUGCCUUUGGAUCUUCUUUCAUCCUGGAUGUAGAGCUAAACCAUGAUCUGCUGUCUUCAGAAUACCUCGAGAGGCACAUUGAACACGGCGGAAAGAUGGUGGAAGUAAAAGGCGGGGAGCACUGUUAUUACCAAGGUCACAUCCGAGGGAAUCCAGAAUCGUUUGUUGCUCUGUCAACCUGCCAUGGACUUCACGGCAUGUUCUAUGAUGGAAAUCACACAUAUCUUAUUGAGCCGGAAGACAACUACACUUCGCAAGAGGAAUUCCAUUUACACUCUGUUUACAAAUCCAGAUUAUUUGAAUUUCCUUUGGAUGAUCUUCCAUCUGAAUUCUGGCACAUGAACACCACGUCACAGAAGUUCGUUGUGAAACCGAGACACAAAAGAAGAAAAAGGCAGGUUCAUCAGAGCCCGUAUAAAGUUGAAGAGGAAACUAAAUAUGUUGAGCUAAUGAUCGUAAAUGACCAUCUAAUGCUGAAAAAGCACCGAUUAUCAGUCGGCCACACAAACAGCUUUGCAAAAUCAGUAGUGAACAUGGCAGAUUUAAUUUACAAAGAACAGCUCAACACCAGGAUAGUCUUGGUUGCCAUGGAAACCUGGGGUACUGAUAACAAGUUCACCAUAUCUGAAAACCCACUGGUGACCCUGCGUGAGUUUAUGAAAUAUAGGAGGGAUUUUAUCAAAGAGAAAAGUGAUGCAGUUCACCUUUUUUCGGGGAGUCAGUUUCAGAGCAGUCGCAGCGGGGCAGCCUACAUUGGUGGUAUUUGUUCGCUUCUGAAAGGUGGUGGUGUAAACGAAUUUGGAAAGCCGGAUUUAAUGUCAAUAACGUUGGCACAGUCCUUAGCUCACAAUCUUGGCAUUUUCUCAGACAAAAGAAAAUUGCAGAGUGGUGAGUGUAAGUGUGAGGACACAUGGUCUGGCUGCAUAAUGGGAGAUACUGGCUAUUACCUUCCAACCAAGUUCUCCAAAUGCGACGUUGAGGAGUACCACGAAUUUUUAAAUAAUGGAGGUGGAGCCUGCCUAUACAACAAGCCUUCCAAGCUUCUCGAUCCUCCAGAAUGUGGCAAUGGCUUUGUUGAAGCUGGAGAAGAAUGUGACUGUGGUACUGCGACUGAAUGUCGUGCUGAAGGUGGAGAUUGCUGUAAUUCCUGUAGUCUAACGGCUAACUCUGAAUGCAGUAAUGGGCUUUGCUGUAAAAAAUGUCAGUUUGAAGCCAAAGGAAUUGUAUGCAGAGAAGCUGUGAAUGAUUGCGAUAUUGCAGAGAGUUGCACAGGAGACUCUAAUCAGUGCUCUCCAAAUCUGCACAAAAUGGAUGGGUAUUCAUGCGAUAACGAAGAGGGCCUUUGUUUUGGAGGACGAUGUAAAACAAGAGACAGGCAGUGUAAAUAUAUCUGGGGAGAAAAUGUGACGGUCGCUGAUAACUAUUGCUACGAGAGGUUGAAUAUAGAAGGAACUGAGAAAGGCAACUGUGGCAGAGACAAAGAUACUUGGACACAGUGCAAGAAUGAGGAUGUUCUUUGUGGAUAUCUCUUGUGCUCUAAUAUUGUUUCUAUCACCCCGAGACUUGGGGAACUCGAUGGCGAAGUCACAUCGACUUCUCUUCAGGCUGUGGACAAGUCCUUUGUUUGCAGCGGGGGUCAUGUCAAGCUAGAGGAAGAUGCAGACCUUGGCUAUGUAGAAGAUGGGACACCUUGUGGCCAAGGAAGGAUAUGUUGGGAGCACAGAUGCCUUUCUGCAGAAUCCUUUAACUUCAGCUCCUGUCCAGGAAGUACAGAAGGCACCAUCUGUUCAGGGCACGGAGUGUGCAGUAAUGAAAUACAGUGUAUCUGUGAAGGGCUGUGGACUGGUGCGGACUGUGCCAAACCCAUCAUGAAACCAAGAAAUGAUGAUUUUAUGCCCAACCCAGGUGUCACUAGCACAAAUAUUAUUAUAGGUGCUAUCGCUGGUACAAUUUUAGUGUUGGCUCUGAUUAUGGGCAUAACUGCAUGGGGUUACAAAAACUAUCGAAGACAGAGACAAAUCCCUCAGGGAGAUUAUGUAAAAAAGCCUGGUGAGGCCGACUCCUUUUAUAGCGACAUGCCGCCUGGAGUCAGCACAAACUCUGCAUCUAGUUCUAAGAAGAGGUCUGCUUUUCUGUCGCAUUUUCAGAUUUCUACCUGUUCCAUCACACAUUAUUCCAUUAGUCAGAACCUUUCAUUGUUUUGCAGCAGGUCAAACGGAUUAUCUCAUUCAUGGAGUGAAAGAAUCCAAGAUGCAAAGAACCUUUCGGACAUCUGUCAGAAUGGGCGACCCAGGAGUAACUCAUGGCAAGGUAAUAUAGGCGGCAACAGGAAGAAAGUCAAAGGCAAAAGAUUUAGGCCACGGUCUAAUUCCACCGACAGAGCAUCCCAUGCUUCUGAGCCUGGGCUUUCCCACACCAACCAAAUCCCACCCCAAGGCAUAAGCCACAGGGGUUCUCACCACCCCCAGACAAGGGAUCGGGAUCACAGGACCCUUUCCCCUGCAAAGUCCCCUUCGUCAUCUACUGGCUCCAUUGCCUCCAGCAGAAAAUACCCAUACCCGAUGCCUCCACUUCCUGAUGAGGAGAAAAAGGCCAACAGAGCAAGUGCCAGGCUAUGGGAGACUUCCAUUUAGUUCCACUGUCUACCUGAGCUGAUACCAGAACUGUUUACUUCAGAUUUUAUACAAACUCAGCAUUGCUGAGUCGCUGAACAUUCAUCUGCUAAGUGGACAAUUUGAAGGGCAGAGAUGCUGACCAGCAUGGAGCGAACAAGUUCCCUGAAGAAGGAAACGGCAAUUUUCUGCAGCGGAUUAGGAUUUUAAUUACAAGUAAAGAGCAACCAAACCAUAUACAUACCCCAUUUACCUGGGAUACAUGGAACUGAAAAUAUAAAAGAGUAUUCCGCAUGAUGACAGAUAAUAUGUAGAUGCGCAAAUGAAACUAAUUGGGAGUCUCAAAUGUGGGUUUUUCUCUGGUCUAACAUAAUCCCAAAUAACUUUAAACAAACAAACAAACAAAAACAAAAAGAAUUCAGAAUUUGAUAUGUAAACAUUUAUGCUGUGUGCAUGAAUUCCUCCGUUCACCACCUUCCAUGUGUAAGGGACUAGUCAUUAUACUUUAGUAAAACUAGCAUGCAGAAGUAAGAAAUGUUUUUUCCGCAAGUGGGAUCUGAAGAGGCAAACAUUAUGACAUAAGCAGCCAACAACAACAAAAAUGCUUUUUUAGUUUUUAUUACUUUUUGUGAUUAUAUUCUAAGUAGAAACUCAUACGUGUGUAAAAAGUUGUAAAAUACCAACAAUGCAAUUAUAUAAUGUGAAGUUUUCUUGUUUUGCUUGAAGAACACUCAUGAGUGAACAUGACAUGUCAAAGAAUCUUAAGGGCCAAAGUAGGCGUGGCAUGGAAGGAGGACCAUGGGCCAGUGGAAGAGCACAUGGUUUGUAUGAAAAAGGUUCCAGGUUCAUUCAGAAUCGUCUCCAAGCAGGACUGAAAAAGUCAUCCUUGGAGAAGGGCUUUCAGUCAUCGUAGACAACAGUGAGCUAGAUGGACCAGGGGUCUGAUUCGAAAUAAGACAGCUUCCAAUAUAUAUUUUUAAAUCUAAUAGCAGCUGCAAGGGAGAGGGAUGGUUCUGUAGUGCUGGGGGAGGAUUUUUCAAUCUUUUCCCCAACUGUGCUGUUUCCCCCUCAAAAACCGCCCCUCUCUAGCUGCUAUGCCAAAGCUCAGGUGCUAACCUGAAGGGUCUAGAAUGCCUUCCUGGAUCCACAGAAAACAGUGGUUCACUGCAACACAUGUUAUUCUCCUUCCCAAUGAAAUAAAUGGGACUUUAACAGAGCACUCAUAAAAAUCAAUGGCGUCACAAUCAGGGACCACAACAGUGAAUGUGAUGGUGGUCAGAAUGGCACAUUUGCUGUAUAUAUUACAUUUUUCCCCUGAACUUCAGCUAUCCAGAGCUCCUAAGUUAUUUGGCUUCACCAAUUUAUCCUAUGUGCUGAUAUAAUACUAUGUAAAUAAUGCACUUCUUGGCCAAAUAAGAGCCAUUAACUGAACGGUUUGGUUAAGUUACCAGAGGCCAUCCAUCCACAUGGUGUUGCAUAAUACAUGUAUGGAGGAAUCUCUGUUCCUACACCGUGCAAUAUGCACUAUCGGUAUACUAUGUUGUUAUUGGCUAUAUACAUUCAUCGAUGUUCCUGAACUGAGUUAGUUAUGAAAGAUUUUGCAAAGUUGUGUGUUUGUUUUUUUUAAAAAAUCAAAUAUAGGGAAUCUUGUCAAGGUGACACAAUAUUGCCAGUAUAGAUUUUUAUAUAGGAGCUGUUAUUCUGACUUACUAAGCACAGGGCUGGGGAAAAAAUUUGUGGCCCUCCAGAUGUUGGGACUCCAAUUCUCUUCAGCUUCUGCUAGCAUGGCUAAUCACCAGGAAUGAUGGGAGUUGUAGUCUGGCAACAUCUGGAAGGACACAGGUUCCCCAUUCUGUGAUGUAACAUUGCAGGUGAUGGUCAUAUGCAAAAAGGAAAGGGAGAGGAAUCUUCAAAGGCAUUUGCAAAAUAAUGUUUUUUGUGUAUUUUUUUUAAAUUAACAAUAUGUUCCAGUCAGUAUGUUCCCGUACUCUUGUUAAUUGCAUUCCAAAACAACUGUGAGGUAAAAUGAUAAAAAUGAAUAAGCACCUUAUUAUAGGUCUGUGGUGUGUAUUGUAGCUCUCAAGGUAUGUAUUAGGCAAGAUUUUAUAUAUGAUGCUUUGUUAGUAUCAGAAGUUGCAACAUAUACAUGUUGGGACCAGAGAUGUUUAAUUCUGAUCUUUUCCCCCAGUGAUUCCAACAUGCUUUUUCCCUAGCAGCAACUAGAGAAGAGAUUUUCGGAAACCACUGCCUUGCAGAACCCAGAAUAAAGUGAUACCCACAUGCAUGGCAAGGAAUUAAUGGGCUGUUGAAAAAUCUCUAUUUAAAGCAUUCUUUGGCAAGGGCAUCAUCUGAUCUUUUGACAGUAUUUGAAUGGAAACAGCUUCUAAAUUUCUAAAUUUCAUACUUGUUUCACACAAUUCUUUGGUACAUAUGUUGCCAUGUGUGGCCUUCCUUCAUUUAACUCAGGUAUAGAGCACCUGUGAACCCUCCAGAUGUUGUUGGACUCUCAAUUCCAUCAGCCCCACUGAGCCUAGUCACUGGUUGGGUUGGUGGGACCUGUAGCCCAACAUCUGGAGAGCCACAGGUUCACCUGUCCCUGAUGUAACUGGACUUACUUUAAGAAAUUCCACUUAGUUGAAAAUGUUGGUUCUAUGCGAAUAUAAAGUACAUUUAAGAAUGUCUCCAAUUGUAAAAUAUGUAAGACUUUUAAAGUGUUAUAUUUAUAAGACUCUGCCAGUUAUAUUUAUACAACACUGGCCUUGCAGUCAUAAAUAAUCCCUAUAAGAAGCAUAAAGUUGGGUAAGUAUUUUGAUUUGUAAUAAAUAGGAAAGGAAAGUUAAAAGAGAGAGAGAGCAAAUUCCCACCUGAGAAAAUGUCUAAAGGAUUGUACAGUAUAUGUAAAAGUAUAAUUUUGGAAAUAUAUAAUGUCAGCCAGAGACUGGAGGGUGAAAGCUAAGUUAACAUCUUGUGCCAUUAGACUUGGGGAAACUUGAUUGAAAACCUGGCUGCCUUUCCCUUGGUUUCAAUGGAUUUUGAAGCAACUUCUGGAACACAACCUACCCUCAGGUUAAAGGAAGGUUAAAAUAAAAAGGCCACCUCCAUAUUAAUUAUAGAGAAUACACACACACACACAGAGCUUUUUGAUCCUCAGUAUCUGAAACAUUUAGAUGUAUAUCAUGUGCCUUUUUGGAUCUUUUUCUGUUUUGGUACAAACCUAAGCAUCAUUUAAAAAAGACUAAUUAAGUUUUUUUUAAAAAAAAAUCCUCCUCCAUCUUUUAUUUUCAGGUUAUUAGGAAGAGUGAAGUUUUGGUUUUUUGCCAGACAGAGCUGAAUGUAAUGUAGUGUUAGUUGAGGCAACUUCAGAACAUUCAUUGAGAAUACACCCUUGUCUGCAAUUAAUGGCAUACACUGUUACCUACCAUUGUUUUGACCAUUACUAAUAUUUGUAAAUAUUCACCCAUUCAGUAAUCUUAAUGUAAAGUUAAAAUAUAAUUUUAAUAAAUCUUGGCUUUUA